AGUUUUUAAUUUGGCAAAUUGGAUAUUUAGUUAGAUGCUGAUUUCCAUAAACCCUAAUAUAAGAUCUAGGACUAGGAGGCUUUCUGUUGUCUUCAAGUUGGAAUUUUGAAAUAAUCUUUGUUAUUUACGAACUACUUUAAUUGUUCAUAUAAUAAUACUGCAAGACUUCUAAUUUCGAUUUUUUCAGAUGAUGGCAAGCGGUGUCCAUUUGUUGCAAACCAACCAUUUUUUCCUAUGUGAUUCCUCUAAAGAUUUUAGACAUUUAAAGUUCCAGAAACUGAAAAUCUGUACCGUCAUCCGAAGGAAUUUCAAAAAUAUAUACAGAAGGAUGGAAAUCAUGGGUAAUGAUAAGUCUUCUGAUCACAAAGAAGUGUCUGAGAGCUUACUUAAUGAAUCGGUCAAAGAAACAAAUUCUACGGUUUCGUCAAGUUCAAAAGAUAUAAGCCACAUGCAGUCUCCAUCACCUACUCCAGAUACCCAUUCUUACGAGUAUCAUCACUCCACUGCCAACACACCUUCUCUUUGUAUUGCAGUUGUCGGGGCUACUGGUGAGCUUGCAAAAUCCAAAAUUUUUCCAGCAUUGUUUGCUUUAUAUUACAGCGGCUUUCUCCCUGAGGAUGUUGGUAUAUUUGGCUAUUCAAGAAAACAACUGUCGGAUGAAGAUCUAAGAUCAAUAAUAGCAGGAACUUUGACUUGCCGUGUUGAUCAUAAAGAAAACUGUGGAGAUAAAAUGAGCAAUUUUCUCAAUAGGACAUUCCACGUCAAUGGUGGUUUGGACAAUAAAGCUGGUAUGGCAACACUUGAUUAUCGUAUGAAAAAUAACGAGGUCGGUAAUGAAGCCAACAGAAUAUUUUACCUUUCUGUACCACAAGAUGCACUAUUGGAUGUUGCAACAUGUAUUGCAGAUAAUGCUCAGUCAAAAAGGGGUUGGAAUCGGAUAAUAAUUGAGAAGCCUUUUGGUUUGAAUGCUCUAUCUUCUCAUCAAAUGAAUCAAUAUCUUCUGUCGAAAUAUGAAGAGAAGCAGAUAUACAGAAUAGAUCACCUUUUGGGGAAGGAUCUUAUUGAGAAUCUCACUGUUUUGAGGUUCUCCAAUCUUGUUUUUGAACCGUUAUGGAGUCGAACAUACAUUUGUAAUGUGCAGGUAAUCUUAUCUGAUGAUACUCCUAUUGAAACCCGGGGAAGGUAUUCCAAUGGAUAUGGUAUAAUCCAAGACAUAGUUCACAGCCAUAUCCUCCAAACAGUAGCAUUAUUUGCUAUGGAGCCUCCUGUAAGUCUUGAUGGGGAAGACAUUCGAAACGAAAAGGUCAAGGUUCUCAGGUCCAUAAAAAAACUUGAAUUUAGUGAUGUUGUGUUGGGCCAACAAAAAUCUAGUACCUCGGGUAUUACUAGUGGAUAUACCAACAAUCCAAGUUUUUUUGCCGCUGCUUUUUACAUCGACAACGCUCGCUGGGAUGGUGUUCCUUUUUUGAUCAAGACGGGCAUGGGACUUAUUAAGCAUAGAGUUGAGAUAAGAAUACAGUUUCACAAUGUCCCAGGGAAUCUUUAUCAUGAUCGAAUAGGACACAACGUGAAUCUAGCGACCAAUGAAUUGGUCUUGAGAGAUAUGCCUGAAGAAGCUAUAUAUUUGAGGGUUAACAAUAAGGUCCCUGGAUUGGGUUUGCAAUUGGAUGCUUCUGACCUAAAUUUACUUUACAGAGAUAAAUAUAAUAUUGAAGUACCAGACUCUUAUGAGCAUCUACUUCUAGAUGUCAUCGAUGGAGACAAUCAUUUGUUUAUGCGAAGUGACGAAUUAGAAGCUGCAUGGGAUAUUCUAACUCCGGUACUCCAUGAGAUCGAUGAGCAUAAAAUCGCACCUGAACUCUAUGAAUUAGGAGGUAGAGGCCCUGUUGGUUCCUAUUAUCUUGGUGCCAGGCAUGGAGUUCGCUGGGCAGAUGAUUAA